AUGUCUUUAUUUGAUAGACAUCAAGAGGAUACAGAUGAAGAAGAAAAUAAUGUCAAUGAACAAGAACAAACUGAUAAUGAAGAUAUUGCAUUUAUUGCGAAACUAAAAUCAAGUCGAACACUUGCCAGUAUUCUCAAAACUAUUCAUUUUGCUGAUGAUGCUAUAUUUUGUGCAUUACCAACUGGAAUAAAAAUCAUUGUUGAAGAUAAACAAUGUGUACAAGGCAAUGCUUUUAUUGAUACACGUGUUUUUGAUUCAUAUGAAUUGAUGCGACAAGUUCGAUUUCGAUUUCAUCUUGAAACUGUUCUUAAUUGUUUGAAUAUAUUUGGUAUUCCACUUGAUCCGGUGACACAUGAACCAUUACCAACUAACGUUGCUGUACAAAUUCAUUAUCGUGAAAAUCAAACACAUCCAUUACAACUUUAUUUAGAAGAAGAAGGUGUAAUUACUGAAUGUUUAAUUAAAGUAUUAGAUGAUACAGAUACAAUUGAUUUUGAUUUUCAAACAGAAAAUGUUGUUACUAAAGUUGUUUUUAAGGCUAGCGGAUUUAAAGAAGCACUUAGUGAAAUUGAUCUUAAAGCUGAUUGUAUUGAAUUAUUUAUCACUCAAGAUGUUCCACAUUUUCGUCUUAUUGCUAAUGGAUGUGGAGGUAGUACAUCAGUUGAUAUAAAUCAAGAUUCACCUGUUAUGGAUACAUUUCUAUGUACGGAGCCAGUACAUAAUCGUAAACUUUCAUUACGUAUUGAUGCUGCUGGAAUUCUAUGUGCACAAUUUCUUAUUUAUACUGAAAAAGAUAAACCUUCACUUGUUGAAUAUUUUUUUGGACCAGAUGAAGAACUUAAUGAGCAUGAAGAAAAUACGCAAUCGAGUGAUGUUGUUCUAAUUGAAGACUAA